GGGUAAAGCAUUUUUUAUUAAUUGUGCGCUUUUAUUGAACCAUUCCUUAGUCAUAGUCCACGCCCACCAUCAUCCUCGUAGUUCCAUUUUUUCUCUCUUCCUUCACCGUCCCUUCUCCAAACCCAAACCCAAACCCUUCAAUUCAAUAUUCAGAACAAAAACAACAAUCCAAAUUAACAUAAAGAUGUGGAUACAUAUUGCAGUCAUAGCCUCCACCGUUGGAUGCGUAUCAACCAUACUCUUGAUCUUAAUCUGUCGCCGUUGGUGUUACACAAGAAACCGUAGAGAUUCUUCUUCUGAACAAGCUAAUAUAACCAGAAUUGAAAGUUCUAGAACUAGAAUUCAUCAUCAUCAUCGCAUGCCAAGUGUUCAUCAUCAAAUAGAUCAAGGUAACAAAAACAAAAGUAGCAAUAAUAAUCAUUCACUGUUUCGUUCUGGAAAACGAACAGCAACAGGUUUAUUCAGUUGGAUUAACAAUCCAUCUAUGGCCGUUGAUGCGGUUGAAAAUGGAUGGUCGAGAUUCGCUUUCACUAGCUAUAAAAGUUACAUGCCUUCUCCAUCUAAAAGGUCUACACUGUUAGGUUCACGUGGGGCUCCUGUGGGUGAUUAUAAAUCCUCAGAAGCUGAGAUUAGUUGGGAAGUUUCAAAUGAUUCGGAUGAGUUUAUGCAGAAAGUUAGGUUAAAUUCCGGAAUGAAAAAAUUGAAUCAAAUUAUUCAAAAUCAGAAUAGUUAUUCUAUUUCUGUUGUGAAUUCUGUUAUUAGAACUGCUUUGCCGUUACCUGGUCCUGUUUUGGGGAGUUGUGUUUUUCCGCAAGAAUCUUAUUUUGAGAUUACGAUUUUGAAUUCGUCUAUUGGCGAUGAGAUUGAAUCGGUUAGGAAGAGUGUGGAAGGUGAUAAGGCUAUGCUUAUUGCGAAAGGGAAUUCGGAGGCGUUGGUUCAUGUUACGAGUGGUGGUAAGAAUAGUAAAGUGAGUAGUGUUGAAGAAAUGAAGGUUGAUGGAAGAGAUGGUGGUGGGAAGAAGAGUGAAUCGGUGAUGUUUUCGUUGGGGUUGACGAUUGGUGGUCCUGUUGUUUUGAAAGUUCCUGGGAGUUAUCCUGGAAGCAUUGGUUUCAACUCAAAUGGUUCUGUUUAUCUUGAUGGAAUGAAACUUGUAUUCGAAUCUGAGAAAGCGGAGUGGAUAGGAACCAAUAAGGUGAUCGGUUGUGGAUUUGAUCCAAGGCAGAAGAAAGUUUUCUUCACAUUAGACUCAGAAUUGAUGCAUGUAAUCCACUGCCAGACAGAAGAAUUCAGCACUCCAUUGUAUCCAACAUUGGCCGCAAAUAUAGACAUCACAGUAUUGGUUAAUUUUGGACAAAAUACAUUUAAAUAUGCACCUGCAAAUGCUCAAAGAACACCGAAUCCAUGUUUAAUAUCACCGCUUGUAAAUUCUCCUGCUGCUACCAUAGGCUACGAUGACAGCAGGGAACUAUUUUCCAUGGGUAGGAUUGAUUCUCAGUGGCUUAAUAGGACUACAAACAAAGGAAGCCAUAACAAUAACAAUGUGAACAAUAAUUCAGCCAUGGAUUUUGAUCAAGAGUCUGAGGCUGAUUUGUUUGAAAUUGUCUUAGAUGGUUCUGGAAAAUCUUCAAAUACAACAUUAUAGCUUACAACAAAUUGUGCCAAAUAUACAUUUGUAUUUGUCUUGGUUCUGGCAUUUAACAACUCCUCUGCUUGUACAAAUAGUACAUUACUUUGCACAGCACAA